AUGGCCAAAGGCACCAUCGCCAUCGAAGAGGCCGUUAUCGACCCCUCCGACCUGCAGUGGUUGGGCGACUCGGCCUCCAUGUACGCCCCUGCUGCCAUUGUCACGGGUUCUUCCUCGAGCAUAGCUCACGCCCUUACCCAAAAGCUCGCCGACAUCCACACCCACCGCCUCGCACAGAUGGACGCCGAGGGCGUCGAGUACAUGCUUCUCUCCGUCACGUCCCCGGGACCCCAGGGCGAACCGGACCGCGCUAAAGCUCAGCAGAUGGCUGUGUCGGCCAACAACUGGCUUGCGGGUGAGGUGAAGAAGAAUCCCAAGAGAUUCGGGGCGCUGGCGUCCCUGUCUAUGCACGAUGCGGCGGAGGCGGCGGCGGAGUUGAGGAGGGCUGUGAAGGAGCUGGGAAUGUUUGGGGCGAUUUUGAACGAUUACCAGAGUACCAGCGCGGAUGGGAGUGGGAAGAAGUAUUUCGACGAAGAGGAGUAUCGGACGUUUUGGAAGACAGUGCAGGAGCUCGAUGUGCCGGUUUACAUGCAUCCGAGGUAUCCCUGUAACCCGGAGUUGGAGAAGGGAGCGAAGUAUGGGGACAGGAAGCAUCUCGUCGGGGCUGCUGUGCAGUUCCAUCUAGAUUUGAGCUUUCACUUAUAUGCACUGAUGUCGAGCGGUGUAUUUGAUGAGUUUCCCAAGGUGCAGGUUGUCUGUGGACAUCUUGGAGAGGGGAUUCCGUUCAAUCUUUGGAGAGCGGAUCACUGGUAUAACAAACCGGUGAAGAAGGCGUCACGGCCGUCCAAGGAGGACUAUAGCUACUACUUUACGCAUAACAUCUCGCUCACGACUUCAGGCAACUUCAACACGAAGGGUCUCAAGUACUGCAUCAAUGAGGUUGGUGUUGAGAGGUGCCUCUACUCCAUUGACUACCCUUACGACGAUAUCAAGGAGGCCCAGGACUGGUGGAAGGACAUUGAUUUGCCCGAGGAUCAGAAGGAGAUCAUAGGCAGGACAAAUGCAAUCAGGCUCUUCAAGCUCCCUCUCGAGCUGUGA